AUGCAGAGCGUUUUAUUUAAUCCAAACGGAAGGUAUAUCAUACUUGGUACAAAUUUUUGCCGUCUAAUUUGCAUAAAUUCCGUGAAUGGUGCUGCAAUAUUUGCAUGCUGUUAUGGAGAAGUUCCAGCGGUAAAGUCACAUUCGGACAAAUUUUGCUUUCCACAUAUUUCUCCAGAUGGAAAGUAUCUUGUUUGUGGCUGUUUUGAUGGGAGUGUAAAGGUUUGGAACUUCAAGGGACAACUUGUUGCUUCGUUUUCUGGACACGAAGGUGAGGAUAUUUAG